AUGGAAAAAAAGAAGGUGCCUUUGACGUUUACAAUUGAUUUUUUUGAAGAUUAUAUCAAUCAAUAUUCACCAUUAGUAGUUGAUGGAUAUUAUUGUAAACUUUAUGAAUUAAGAUUAAAAGAUUUAAUUGCUUACAAUCGACAAUGUAAAGAACAAGAAACUCGAUUAAUUAAAGAUCAAUCAAUUAAUAAUUGUUUAUCUGAAGAACAAUUAUAUAAAGAAUAUAUAAAUCAUGGAAGAGGAGAACGAACAAAAUUUCAAUCUCAAGAAAUUUUAAUAAAUAAUUAUAAAAAACAAUCUAAUAAUACAUCAUUAAAAACAAAUCGAAUUAUUACAUCAAAUAAUAUUCCAACAUUAAUAGAACAUCGAUCAAAAUGUACUUUAAAAACUAAAUUACCUCCAAUAUCAACAAAACAUCAACGUAUAAUUAGUGCACCAAUAUCUUAUCGGAAAAAUAGAAAUAAAAUUCCAACAAUUCCAAUUGAUUAUCCAGAUGAAACUUUAUCAAAAGCUAAUAAUCAUUCAUUUACACAAGUUACAUCAUCAUCAUCAUCAUCACAAAAUGAUCAAAAUAAAAGACAUAAACAUGCUCGACAAUCGAUACUUGAGACAAUAAUGACACAUCUUGAUUCUUAUAAAUCAGCUAAUAUUUCUAACAGAUCUACUUAUGAAACUAUUGAACAUAAAUUUUCAUCGAGUUUUGCACCGAAUGUCUAUCAAAAUUUUGAACGUAUUGUUGUUCAAGAAAAAAAAUCAAUGAAUUGUGCAUUGUAA